AGUAAGCCGGUUGAUACAAAUUGUUAGACCUCCGUUUCUAUCUUUGGUAACACAAAAAAGCAUGAAUCAUGGACUUGGAAGUCAACGAACCCAUCGCCCACGACCAAUUAAUUUUGGAUUUGAAGUCUUGGAGGUCAGUUUUGGAGAGUGUGGAUAGUUUUCUGGUCAUACUACCUACGCUCCUGGGUUUCGUCCUUUCUCGAAUUAUUUGUGGACACCUGUCGCUGACAUCUACCCGGAGGUUUUUUUUCGAGUUUCUGUUGAUUGGAUUGCCCUCUGUGAUUUUGGUCACCGUGGGAAAGGCUUACAGCUACUCCUAUUCGCUGGUGGGCUCCAUAGCCAUCAUUGGUUAUCUAUUUGGACAUCACUACCAUCCCGGAAAAGAUUUCAAAUAUGUGAUUGGCAAACGACCCAAUGUCUUUACAUUGCUAAGAGCGACGGCAUACAGUGGAACCUGCGUCGCUAUCCUCGCCGUCGACUUUCCUUUUUAUCCCCAUGACUAUCGCAAGAGUCGAACGUUUGGGGCAUCAGCAAUGGACAUGGGUAUUGGUCUGUUUGUGGUUAACAUGGGCCUAGUUUCGCAAAGGACCAAAUCUUUAGCAGACCUCAAAAAGUUGCCAAAAUCUGUGGUUCCUCUGCUAGUCCUGGGUCUGGCGCGCACCUUGGUAAUAACCAUCAUCGACUAUCAUCAAGACGAUUCGGAGUAUGGAAAGCAUUUAAAUGCCUUCUUCAUCCUAGGAUUCACCAAGCUCUUGGGAAGCUUGUACUCUUUGUUGGUGAGUUCGGAUGCUCAACUUCUUGGUCUUGCUCUGGGCUUGCUGGUCUUCCACGAAGUUAUCCUACAACUAGGGGUUUCUUCCUUUGUUAUGGCUUCAGAUUCACGUGAAGGAUUUUUCACUGCUAAUCGGGAAGGACUAAGUUCGCUACAUGGCUGCGUGGCUCUCUAUUUGCUCAGCAUUUACUUUGCCAAGUGGUACACCUCCCAAGAUCAGCUAAAUUAUCAUCAGUUACUUACGAAGUUUGGAAAAAUGUUCCUAAUGGUUACAGUUUGCUGGAGCUUAGUUUUUACAAGUGCCUAUCUCACCGGUAUUGCUCGGGUGACCUUUAACUUCGGCUAUGUGAUUUGGAUCUUUGCUGUAUCCAUCAGUCUCAUUCUUAUAUAUGCUUUUAUCUUUGAGCUGAAGUUAGUUAAUUUAGCUAUCAAGAUGCAAAAAUCGGUGGGAGAUGCCAAGAAUCAUAAGCUUACAACUCACUCUCUACCCACCUUUGUAGAAAGUCUAAACAUGAAUGGUCUAACUCAUUUUAUGCUCUCAAACUUCCUUACGGGUAUUGUCAACAUGGCUCUUAAUCCAGGCAAGCGAAAUGGUUUUGAGUGUGUUUUAAUAUUGUCGUUAUACACAUUGACCUGCGCCGGAGCCGUGUUUAUAAUGCUUAGAAAGGGCAUAAGAUUAGCUUAGCUUUUAUAGAUCUUUUGUACAGUUUAGUAUUUUGGAAAAUUACCCAUCGACUACUUAUUAAUGCCAAAUGACAAUUAAA